AGCUUGUAGUCAGCGCCGCUCUGCCAAUCACCGGCAGCGGAGCGCUCGGGGCGGCCCCCUUUAACUCUGGGGUGACUCCGAAGCGGGUCUUCAGAGGAGGAAAUAGUGGCCGUGCAAGCAGCUCUCAGGGACGCGCCGGUUCUCUCCUCGUCCUCAGGCGGAACAGCUGAACUACUGUUGCCAUGGACUCACUGGUGAACAUGUAUCAAGACUUCAUAAAGAAAGCAGACCCACGGAUUUCUUCAUAUCCACUUAUGGGCUCACCUUUUCCUAUGACGGGCAUCUUGCUGGGUUAUAUCUACUUUGUACUGUCAUUGGGGCCACGCAUCAUGGCCAACCGGAAACCUCUGAACCUCAGGAAGUUCAUGAUUGUCUAUAACUCCUCCAUGGUAGCUCUGUCGCUCUACAUAGUCUAUGAGUUCCUUAUGUCAGGCUGGUUGACUGGUUACACUUGGAGGUGUGACCCUGUGGACCAAUCCCAGAAUCCCAUGGCCCUUCGGAUGGUCCAUGUAGCCUGGGUCUUCAUCAUCUCCAAGUACAUUGAACUGCUUGACACAGUGAUCUUCAUCCUAAGAAAGAAGAAUGAACAGGUGACCUUCCUGCAUGUGUUCCACCAUUCAGUGCUUCCCUGGAGCUGGUGGUGGGGUGCCAAAUUUGGCCCAGGAGGAAUGGGCUCAUUUCAUGCUUUAGUGAACUCGAUAGUACAUGUGGUGAUGUACUUUUACUAUGCCCUGUCAGCUGCAGGGCCUGCCUAUCAAAAGUACCUGUGGUGGAAGAAGCACAUCACUGCCAUUCAGCUGUUGCAGUUUGUGCUCGUCUCCAUCCACGUCUCCCAGUACUACUUCAUACCCAGCUGUGACUACCAGUACCCAAUCUUCAUCCACCUCAUCUGGAUUUACGGCGUUAUCUUCUUCCUCCUCUUCUCCAACUUCUGGUACCAUUCGUACACCAGAGGCAAGCGUCUGCCCAAGGUCAUGACACAACCUCAGCAGAAUGGCUUUCAUGAGAAUGGUGCCAUUUCUAACGGCAAAGCCAAAGCCAACUAGGAGGUGGGUGGGAUCAAGGUGUCUCGGACCAACCGAACCCAUGUCUGGGCCCAUUAGCAAGACCAAGUGCCUAAAGACUGUUGUCUUGCAGUUCCAAGCCACCUUCCCAACUGCUCUAUAUCCCUCACACCUGGCCUUCAGCUGUCCCAGGGGAGAGAGGCUGCUUGGGCUGUUGGUGCUGGUUUUAGCCUAAGGUCUUCAAAGUGCCUGUGUCUGCCCUGGGCUGGGCUCCCUCCAGAGCUGGACCAAAGCAGAACUCUGCCAGAUGGGACACACCUUUCCAUUUAGUUCUAUGUACUCCAUGUGAUCCAGGUGGGAAUUUUGUUCCUCUGCUUUCCCUAAGUUUGUGUUGCCCACUGUUCAUUCUCUUUACCCCAUUGGAGCCCUGCCAUUCAUACUUGAAUGUGAGUGGUCCCUUGUUGCUGUGGGUCUGACUCCCCCAGAGAGAUCUAUUCCUGCUCUGUAUGCAGGUGGGGUGCUAUAGGCCAAGGGCUUCAUUCUUGCUGCCUUGGCUGGCCUCAGCGUUCAUCCCUCCACAUAACUCCCCAGUUUUUGGUUGCUCUGAUCCCACAACCUUAGCAAUAACUCUGGGCUCUUGCUCCCCAUGGGUUGAUGACCACAGAUACUUUUGCUGCACUGAAGCCCAGGGAGAAGGACCUUUUUCCAGCUUGCAUGCUGUUGCUCUGUGUGCCUUUUUAUUAUUAUUAUUAUUAUUACUGGAUCUGCUCCAAGGAGCAGACGCUCCCUGUAUUCUAAGCCUUGGGGAGGACUCAGGAGAGGUGCCUCCCUUCUACCUGAGUUUCUCACUUGUAUUCACAGAAAUAAAUGGACAGAAAGAGA